AUGGAGCCGGGCCCCGGAGACCAGGUUCCCGUGUUCUCGGCUUGGCCUUAUGCGGACGGGAACCGGACGGAGGGCAUGAAGUACGUCAUGAACAAGAACGAGGAGGAGGAGGGGGUCGUCUUCAACAUCUUCAUCCUCGCCCUGACCGAGCUGGCGGGGCUGGGCGGCUUGGUGGGGAACGGCCUGGUCCUCUGGCUCCUGAGCAGCCACGUCCACCGGAACAACUUCUCCAUCUACCUCCUGGACCUGGCCAGCGCCGACUUUCUCUUCCUCUGCUGCCACAUGGCCAUCGUCAUUCCCGAGACCCUCCAGGACCGCUUCAGCUUCCCCCACUACGUCUACGACAGCCUCCUGGCGCUGAGGUUCUUCUUCUACACGGUGGGCCUGAGCCUCCUGGGGGCCGUCAGCGCCGAGCAGUGCGCCGCCUCCCUGUGGCCCGGCUGCUACCAGCGCCGGCGGCCGGCCCACACGUCGGCCGUCGUGUGCGCCCUGCUCUGGGCUCUCUGCCUCCUGCUGCACUUCCUGUCCUACGGCACCUGCGGGGAGCUGUCGGGCGGCAACGCGGGCACCCUGUGCGGCCACAUCGGCUUGGCCAGGGUGGCCUUGCUCGGCCUCCUCUUGGCCUGCAUGUGCGUGUCCAGCCUGGUCCUGCUCGUCCGCACGGAGUGCGGCUCGCCGCGCCGCUGGCCCCAGAAGUUCUACAGCCUGGUUCUGUUCCUCGUGCUCACCUUCCUCUUCUGCGGCCUCCCCUUCGGCAUCUACCGGCUGUCUCUGAACUGGCUGCACAUCCCGGACUAUUACUAUUACCUCAGUGUGCUCAUGGCCGCCGUGAACAGCGCGGCCAAGCCGCCCAUCUACUUCUGCGUGGGCAGCCCGCGGCCAGGCGGCUUCCGGGAGCCCCUCAAGACCGUCCUCUUGAGAGCUCUGGGGGACGAGGAGGAGCUGGCCGAGAGGGGAGAGAUGCUGGACACGGGCCCCGUGGACAUGUAG